UCAAAAAACCAAAAAAAAAAAAAAAAAGAAAAAAAAAGAAAGGAAAAAAGAAAUAACACUCUGAGGGGAAAUUAUUGCCUAUCAAGGUGGCCAUAAUUUCAGUGUCCUGGGGCAUGUCGGUGGCUGGGAAGCAGUCCUGUGGCCAAUCUUUGGAGGUCACUGAAAGGCAUUGGUCUGAGUGGCUGCAUCAGGAAAGACAUGCAUCAUCAGCCAGAGGGCUGUUGGUACCUGUAUAUGACAAGCUGAUGGAGCAGUCACUGACCUCAAGGCCAUCCUGGAGUAUACAGUGAGUUCUCUGUCAGCCUGUGCUGCACAAUAGCACACUGGCUCAAAUAAAACAAAAUAAAAUGGGGCAAAAUUAAAAGAAGGAAAGGUUAGGCUUUCAAAAUAGAGGUCCUGGUCUCUGUAUAUGCCUAUACAUUCUUUGCUCUAGGAGGGAAUUGUGGGCAUAAACUACAGAGAUAUAUCAGAGGAGAACAGGCUGUGCGGUGCAUCACUAAGUUUGAAUAGUGUCUAGAAACAAGAAAACACGAACUGGGGCACUGUGCCAUUUUGUUUAAGUCAGAUAUAUACUGAUCCCCUUCUCUUCUAUUUGAUGACCUUGGGUCAUAUUAAGGAAUAUAGCACAGCUUCAUUUGCCUCCUCUUAAAACACCAAGUGUAGGAGUGCCUCUGGCGUACAGCUGGAAGAGGGUUUGGGAAAUAAGCUGAUAACUAGCUGAUAUUUCUUCAUCUUGUGAACUGCCCAGCUGAAGAGCUUCAUCCUGCAUCAAAUUCCCACUGUCAGUGGCAACACCUCAUCUUUGCUUUACAUCACCUUCCUUAAUACCUUUCUGUGGUCACAGUUAAGAGGUGAGGGGAAGAACUGGACAUUUCUGGGCUUUUUUUGCUCUGGGCAAAUGUUGGGUGAGUGAUGAUAUGGUCAUGAACUUUCCAGGGUUUUCUGGUAUCUUUCCAAACCUCUAGGUGAGGCUGAUCGCUGCACUGCAACUCUACGUGGAUCCCCCACAUGCCGAAGUAUCUUCAGAAUCCUGAGAAAAUCAGAGGCAGACCAAGAGUAGAAGCCGCAAAGAACAUGCCUACUGACACAAGUUUCUGCCAGAUGCCCCAGAGGUUAGGAGCAGAAGAGCAGAAUGGAUUGUGUGAGAGAUUGGUGUCCUUUGAGGAUGUGACUGUGGACUUCAGUCAGGAGGAGUGGCAGCACCUGGACUCCGCCCAGCGGCGCCUGUACCAGGACGUGAUGCUGGAGAUCUACAGCCACCUCUUGGCAGUGGGUGAACUGCAGCUUGACACACCACAUCACCCAGUUGUUGUGAAAGCGUCAUUUCUGAAUGAUGCACCCAGUGAAGUCCCAGGACAUGGUUCCUAUUAUACCAUUCUGGAGAGACUGUGGCAGGACAGCAGCAGUGCUGUGAAGACACAUCAGCAAAGCCAACUCCCACCCGUCAGCCCUGGUGCUUGCCGAAACCAGAAGCCACUGAACACAGACAGUGAUGGGGACUCUGGAGAAGCUGGAGAAGCUCUUCUCUCGGGACGCCACCUCGUUUCUACAAAAUGUGCACCUCCAAGGUGUUUCUCAUUUGCAAAAAGGUUGAAACCUAACCUUGAAGCAUAUAAUGAUGAUCAAAGCAAUGCCACAAAGCAGGCUAGUGACGUUAUUGGGUCUCAUCAGUUUUUAACGCAAGGCUCUUCUAAUGGUGUGUGUACAGUACCUCUUCAAAGAGAGAGAUCAUACAAUGACAGUCAGCUUGGAAACAGUCUUUCUCCCAAUCCACCACUUACAGAGCAUGGGAUUCCUUUCCAAGACAAAGCAGUUGAAUAUCCUGGAUGCGGGAAAGUCCUCACUGAUGAGUCGGCUUUCUGUCAACAACAAAUAACCAACAAUAUGGAGACAUCUUUCAUCUGUCACACGUGUGGGAAGACCUUUCUCCACAAGUCUCAAUUGGUCUCCCAUCCAGAAACUCAUAGAGAAGAGACACCUUAUGAAUGUCCUGACUGUGCAAAAUCCCUGAGGGGUAUGUCCAGCCUGCACGUGCACCGUGAAGUCCACACAAAGGAGAAACGGUAUGAAUGCCACGUGUGUGGGAAGUCAUUCAGCUAUACAUCCCACCUAAAGGUGCACCUUCGAACACACACUGGUGAGAAACCCUACGCAUGUUCUGAGUGUGGGAAAGCCUUCAGCCAAAAGUCAGUCCUCACCAUCCAUCAGAGAAUCCACACGGGGGAGAAGCCUUACACGUGCAGUGACUGUGGGAAAAUGUUUGUUUGUGCAUCAGAUCUGACAAAGCAUUGUCGGUUUCACACAGGGGAGAAGCCUUACGAAUGCCCCGACUGUGGGAAAUCUUUCAGUAUUAAGUCUAACCUGCUUGCCCAUCAUCGUAUCCACACCAGUGAGGGGCCUUACAAAUGCUUUGACUGUGGGGAAUCAUUCAGGAAAAUAUCCCAACUGAAGGUACAUCAUCAGAUUCACACUGAUGGUAGAUCUUUUGUGUGUUCUGACUGUGGAAUGGCCUUCAGCCAGAAGUCAGUUCUCAUCACACAUCAGAGAAUUCACACUGGGGACAAGUGUUACCCAUGCGGUGAUUGUGGGAAGUUGUUUCUUUAUGCUUCCGAUCUGAAGAAGCACUGUCGAGUCCACACAGGGGAGAAGCCUUACAAAUGCCAUGACUGUGGGAAAUCGUACAGUGUGAAAUCACACCUCCAUGUGCACCAUCGAAUUCACACUGGUGAGAGACCUUUCAAAUGUGAUGACUGUGGAAAAUCCUUCAGAAGAAACUCUCACCUGCAAAUGCAUCAGCAGACUCACACUGGUGAGAAGCCGUACAAGUGCUCUGACUGUGGGAAGUCCUUCCGGAGAGCAUCCCACCUGAAGGUGCAUCAUCGAAUUCACACCGGGGAGAAACCUUACGUGUGUUCCGAGUGUGGGAAGGCCUUCAAUGAUAGGUCAGUUCUCAGCACACAUCAGAGAAUUCAUACUGGAGAAAAGCCCUACAUAUGCAGCGACUGUGGGAAAGCCAUGUCUUCUAAAGCCAACCUCAAAGAGCAUCAACGAAUUCACACAGGCGAGAAGCCAUAUGUGUGUGCUGAAUGUGGGCGGGCCUUCAGUGAUAAGUCUUCUUUCUAUAGACACUGUAAAAUUCACAGUAAGGAUAGACCUUUUGUCCAUAACAAAGGUGAAAAGGGCUUCCUGCAGAAUUCACAAGUGACCACCUAUGAGCAAACUCACAGUGCAGAGAAACUAUAGUGACACUCUGUCUAUGGGAAAUCUGCUAAAGGUGUAUCGUCAAGGUCAUACAUACUACCAUUACUGAAGCUGUGGGAUGCUAUUGGUGCACUAUCCACACCAUACUGGGAAGAGACAUUAUUCGUGUUGCGAAUGCAGAGAGUCCUUCAAAAUCAUGUCAUUUCAGUAGACUCAAGUGCUCAUACCAGACAGUCUUCCUCAAGACACCUGAUCAUAUAAAAGAAUUUAUUGUAGAGUCAGUUCCUCAUCCAUAGCCCUCAUCAAAAUAUUCUUGGUUUUCAUGAAAAAGUAUUUUAUCACAGACCUAAGUAGGACUAGGGAGCUAUCACACUCAGUUGGUAAAUUCUUUGUCUUCUGGAUACCAGAGGCACACACAUACAUUCCAUGGGUAACUACACACAAUAAAUAAACAACCCUAACUAUACAAGCCAUAGGUCAUAGUUUAAAAAGAGUACAGCUAUGCAUUGCUUGAUUAAACAUAUAAAUAAUUAUAUGUGAGAGAAGUAUUAAUGAACUUGUAGGAAGAAGCACAAAUGUUUCCUUGCAUGAAGAAAUGCUGAUUAAUGAUCUGAGGUAAACCUUCUAUAGGUAAUGGUACAAAGUUUCUAGACCACAGGAAAGUUUGUUGGAAAUUACAUCAAUGGUUUCUCUGUUUAUUGUGGGAUACCAUUUUUUUUUUCCAGACAGGGUCACACUAUGUACUUCAGGCUGUCCUGGAACUCACUAU